GCCGUUACUCCCCUAAGAGAGAGGGCAGCAGCCAGAGGGGGAUCGCCCUCUGCGGCUGCUCCUGGGGCUGUGGCCAGUUGAGGUCCCAGUCAGUGCCAAGCCCAGCGACAUGACUGCAGCUCGGUGGUUUGAAACUCAGCACGUGCAGCAGGGGUGCAACACCGCAAUGGGCAACAUGGACAAGUACACAAAACACUGCAAAGACCUCAACACUUUCCUGCAUGAAGCCUCUCCAGUGUGGCCGCUGAUGAAGUUUUGGGGCGACAGGGGGACCCCCACUGUAGCCUGCAAGAAGGGCUGUGAAAACUGCCACCUGAGCCAAGGGCCUGUGUCCUUAACUACAUGUGAGCUCACCUCAGGGAAGUACCCAGACUGCUCCAGGGACCAAAGCAGGGCCCUGGUCACUCCCAGUGGACAAAGAGUCCACUCCCAGUAG